CCGCAGAGUGCGCUUGGCCCCCGAGCCCGUCGGAGCGGCAGCGGCAGCAGUGUGGGCAGCAGCAGCGCCCCUCGAGAGGCUCGAGAGCGAGACAGCGGCAACGGCAACGGCAGCCACAGUGCCGCAGCCGGUCGGAGUCGGAGUCGGGGUCGCUAACAUGCGGCUGGUGGAACAGCUGCAGCUCCAGCGCGGCGUCGGUGUCGGUCACGACGACAUAACCUUCAAUGGCCUGCACCCGGACGAGCUGGGAGUGAAGAAGCAGCGUCUGCACUGCGUCCCCGUGGCCAGCAUCGGCACAAUGGUGGAGGAGAAGUCGCCCCUGCCUCUGACGGGGCCCCGCGCCCUGGUGCGCGUCCCCCGCACGCCGCGGAUCGCCAAGCAGUACCUGGCCAAGGUGGCCAAGAACGACACCAACACCGCCAUGGCGGAGGAGUGCAACUCGGACUCGAGCGAGGAGCUCCAGUACGGACCGGGGAUAGUGAAGAAGCUCAAGAGCAAAUACUUGAGCAUGACUUUGAGGGAGAGUGGUUCUAGGCCCUCCUUGUCUAACAUGAGGAGAGCCACUUCGCUGGAAAAUUUGCUUGACGAGGAGCCAGUGAAGCAGACUGAUACCAAGCCGCCACACUUUGUCAAACGUGUGCCUGGCCAUACAGCUAGGAAAGUUGUGUCAACGCAUCAGUCUCGCAGUGCAGAGCCUUCCCAACGGGACAUGAAGCGAGCUCGUUCAAUGGAGACUUUACUUCGCUACGACCCUAAGCUUCAUAUGAGUCACUCCAAUUCCGGACUCAAUGUUCACCUGGAGGACGUUGAGAAUGACAGCACUAUCAGCGACAACAGAGAAUGGAGUGCUGUGCAUCAUCGCAAAUCUGCUGAGGGGGACAAAGAGGAGUCCCUGUUGCUGCGAAAGAAGUUAGCUGUUACUGUGGAGCAAACAGAACUACCUCCUCCUGAUCUUGUGAAGCAGACUUUAAAGAUUUUUGAGUCAUCGGGUUCCCCUGGACCUGUGUCUCCACCAGUGCCCCCAGUGCGCUCCUCUGUGAGCAAGAGUGUUAAUUUUAAGACAAAUAAUGCCAAACCAGUGCCUAAAGUGAAUAAUUCUGUGUCAAAGAAACCUCAGGUUUCACCCAAACCAGUGUUCAGCCCUGAGAAACUCCGUUCUCCAGCCAAAGUGGCAUCACCAAAGAAAAGUGUUGAGGUUAGUGAUAGAGUGACCGUUGUAGACAGUGUGAGUGCUCCACCUCCAGUUCCUUGCCGUCGCUCUGGUGAUUCGUCCCCAGUGCCGGUGAGCCCAGUGAGUCCCCUGAGCAGCCCAGUAGCCCCACUUGCUUCUGCUGUUCCACCCAGUCAGGCUAGGAAUUCAAGCAUUAGAAGUCCUCCCUCACCAAGGAAGACUAUGGGCCUUCCUGUCUUAUCACCAACCGAAGACAAACCUCCUCCGAUUCCAAGGAGAGACAAGUCUCCUAGUUCAUCGACUCCUGCCACUCCUCUUACUCCGACAACACCUGUUAAUGGUAACUCAAAUGGAAGACCGGAGUCUUUGGACGUAAAGCCAAUUUACUCAGCCUCUGACAGUGAUGAAGAAAUGGAUGACAUUGAUGCAGUCAGCACCAAGUCUGUAUCCACAUCAGCUUUAGAAAACAUCCGGAAGGAUGGAACCUCCAUGCAGUUCAGCUUUGGAGCCAACAUGAGUCCUUCAAAUGACAUGUCGAAGUCUCACUUGCCAAAAGUGAAGCCUACUCCUCCUAAAGAUCUUCCCAUUCCGGUCAAAUCAAUGCCUACAAACAAUGUUCGCUCUAUGUCUCCAUUUGAAAAUCCGGCUGACUCUGCUUCAAGGCCUGGCACUGUUUUCAAUGUGGCCGCGUUACCUCAUGGGGCUGUUUUAAAAUCACCUGAAUCCCCAGUCCAGCACGCUAAACAAGUUGGUGUCAUCAGGCCACUUGUGUCAACAAAGCAUCACACUCCUCACAAUUCAUCACCUGUUCCCAGCGCAGCAACGACUCUGACUAACAGAGAGAUAGAGAAAAAUUUGAUCAAUCGAGCAAAGUCCAUUGAGCAACCUGUCACAAAAGUGGUGGUGUCUUUGAAGAAACUUCCCGAUGAUGUUGUUGUUGGGUCUGUCUCACAUGGUGCUCUGGCAUUUGCUGUCAACGGCGAAGAAGGAAGCAGCCCUCCUGGAGCCAGUGCCAAACGUGGGAAAGCUCCUGGUCUCUGGGACAAGAAACCCUGGCAUCAUCAAGACAAUACCAUGGUUUUCAACUUCAGCAACCGCAAGGAGGUGCCCGAUUACAUUGAGAAUGAUGGACUAAUUCUUCGUGGGAAAAGGGAGAAACCAAGGGACGGCGGCGUGCUGCUGCUGGGCGCCAGCGCGGACGAGUCCUCGACGGACGGCGACCCGGACGGCAUGGGCGACGUGGACGAGUGGCUGGUGGAGCCGCCCUCGCCCUGCAGCGUGGUCUUCGAGGGCAGCAACGUCAUCAUCAACGGCCGCAGCAACCUGCGCAAGCAGUCGCCGCGGCAGCCGCGCAAGGUGAGGAAGUUGCGCAUCCAGUUCAACGACGAGGCCACCACCAUGUUCGAGUACCCGUCGGAGGCGUCGCUGCUGGAGGACGGAGCCCACCCCGCCCCCACCCCGCCCCCGCCUAGCACCCCCGCCCCCGCGCCGCCCUCCGCCCCCUCGCCCGGCCUGUCUGGCCUGCCCGUGCCGCUAGGUAGCGGUAGUCUGGCUAGCUACACCCCCAGCAAGUUGCAGCUGGGCGCGCUGGGCGCCUCGGAACCGUUCCAGCUCGGGGUGACCCGAGUUCCGUCCGCCUCGUCGCCCAGCCUGUCCAGCCUGUCAUCCCCGGACGACGCGGCCAGCGGGGCCUCCACCGCGUCGAGCGUGGACACCCUGGAGGCGGACCGGGACCACUCCGACGACGGCGACCACCUGAAGCCCGCGCGGGAGGGCGAGUCGGUGACGUGGAGCGAGGAGUCGGGGACGGACCUGCUUUUCUGAGAGUUGCUUGACUUGGUGAACAACAUGUAAAUAAAGGUUCACCAAGGAGAAUAUUGACGCGAGGGCGGCCAGGGCCAGACGCCGCGGACGCUCAGCCAUCAUUGCUCGGCGCUCGGCGCGACCGCCCUCUUUGACACUUGUGACACUGUGCCAGUUCAUCGCCCCAAAUUGCAGGAAGACUUGAGACGGGGCAUUCUAAGUGUGGAUUUCAAGUAUGAGUGUGUGUGUGAUUCUCUGAAGAGCAAAUUUUUUCAGUCACACAGUCACCGUUUGGCAGAAACUCAUUAUCAUGACACGUCAGAGUCUGAAAGGAAAUAGUACUAUUGUUGGUUUGGUCUUUAAACUCAAUGUAUUCCAAACUUUUAUUAAAUUCACAAGACAUGUUAGGAAUGUUUUAAAUUUGACAGUUGUUAUGUAUGUUGUUCCUUAUCAGAAAUUAGGCCAGCUCUUGUCAUGAAAAUAUGCAUUUCAGUAAUGUAGUAGUAGAUCGGACUUGAAAUUCUUCUUUGAAUUGUUCUUUCAACAUAAUGUUCCAAUUUUUUUAGUAUAUUCAUUGGUAUAGUGAGCAGAUGGCAGAUGGCUUUUCUACAUGCUUACAAAAUGGUCAAUCACUGAAAUUACUAUCUCCCCUGAGUUUUAGUUUCCAUGUAUUUCUACAAAUUUCAUUAAAUUUGUCAUGCUAAUCUUUAACAUUCAUGUUCUUUAUGGUAGUAAAUAAAUAAGUAAACGAGCUUAAGAUCUAGAGUCAAUUAGUCAAUGGACUGGUCAAAUUUCUAUGAACGUUUUCUUUGUUCGGCCUAAUGAGCUGCAGUGUUUCAAAUGUUUGCCUGUACAGUUUUGCGGCUGUUAUUUCCAAUUUGACUCCAUCCAACCUUUAACAAAAUUUUAACAAGAGCAGCUGAUUAAGAGAACAAACUGCUCAAACUUUUAUAUUGAUUAGCACUCUACUUUGUUUCCUCCAUUACUAGUAUGUAAGAAUAUGGAUGACGUUCAAAUUUUUUCGCCUAAUUUUUUCAAAGGGACUACUAUCUUAUUAUGAUGGGCCUGUAGUGCCAACAUUCCACAUGCUGCUGAAACAUAUAUAGUUUCAUAUUGUACUUUCACAAUUCUGUCGCAACUGAAUUUAUGUCAAAAUGCUGUCACUACAAUGAGUAUUUAGUACCACUUCUGAUGAAUCGAUAGUGCAAUGUUACUCGUGGCUACAAAAUUCUAGGCCACAGUUGAAAAUCCCUUUGUAGUCAAUAUUCUCUUUGUGUACAUAUUGUUAAAGGUGCAAAUUUAUAUUAAUAACAAUCUGUUUUAUUAUUGUUAAGACUUGUUUAAAACAUAGUUUUGUCCCCAGCCUGGUAAAAAUGUGCAACUUAUUUCUUAAUACUAUUAUUUCAAGGCUGUUAAUUUUAAGAAUGGGGUAAUGUAACUUGUAUACAAAGCAUUUAUUAGAAAUUGCUUCUAGGCACGUAUUUUAUUUGAUGAUGUGAAACAAAUUAUUCUGCAAUGAGUGUGAUGUGCUUACACUGCCAAAAUUAUUUAAGUUUCUAUUACAUAGACCUACUCAUGGCAUUAGAUUAAAUUGAAAGACACGAUGAAAAAUGUUUGUUGACACGGGGGUGCUCCAAGCAGUCUUGUGUUGUGAUUCUCUUGUGAUGUGUUUGCAUUGCAUUCUGCAGAUUCACAGCAAGACUUUGUUUUGUGAUAUUGAGUGGGGGUUACCAAUUAGCACCAUGCUAUGUUCCCCUAUCCCGUCUGAUUCUUUGUAAGUUUUAACUGUAGAUAAGAAUGGUUGCGUGGUAUUACUUUAGUGGGUCCAAUCCUGUACUGACAGUAGGCCAUAAUGAUGCACUUACAUUCUGACAUCAACUGAGAUUUCAUCCAAGCGCUGUAUUGCAGAGCCAUCAGAUGAAGUGAUCAAGUUUAUCAUAUGUGAUUUUAAGGUUGCCAAGUAAGUGACCUUGAAUUUGUCUUUAAAUUUCAAUUUUGUGAGAAUAAUGUGUAAUACCAUGCAAUACCUGGACAUCAGUAGGGAAUUGAUAAUACUAAUUUUGAGGCAUACGUAUCUCAUUGAAAUCUGAGUAGUUACUCAUUGUAUAUUCCCAUAUCUCUUCUAGUCAUUAGUGAUUUUAGUGUGGAGCAAAGGCUAGUGUCGUUCUGCCACAAAAGAAAAUUUGGCUACUGUUUUCAAAUAAGAUUUGCCCCAAAGAUUCAGCUGUACCCUCACAGCUCAUUAAACUUUGGGAUAACCGCAAACCAUAUGAGUAUAUGGCAUUUCUGAAGCCCUGUGGAUUGUAAUGCUACAUUUGCCACAGUUGUGACCUUGAUAAACCAAAUGAAUUACUUCAUUGUAGUAAGCUGAUUGCCAUCAGCACGGUUUCUCCUCGGUGAUAAAUUUGUGAAAAAUUUAAACAGUGUAUCUCUGUUUUUCAUCCUGUAUAUCAAUGCAAUCAUUCUUUUCCUUUCUUGGAAGAAAAUCUUACAAAUGCGCCAUACAGUGGCUCUCUUAUGUACGAUAGCUGUAUAUUCCCAUGUAUAAUUUAAGUUAACAAAAUGAGAGGUAGGCCAAUAUUAUGAAAGUGUUGUAUUUGUAUCAUUAUUCAUCAAUAGUGUGGAUUAAAGAAAAUGUCAUUGAUAA